GUCUGUGAAGAGAAAAAUUAAGAAAAUUGAAAGAGAAGGGUUCAACUACUCCAAACUCACUCAAUUUGUUAAAAAAUUGAGAAAAAAUCAUUAGUUAAUUCGAGCCGUGUUGUUAGAAAUUUUGGCAUAAAUUACUUUUCAUUGAAUUAAAUUUGACAUAAUUUCUGGGGGGGUUUUGGAGUUUGGUGAUAAUAUUAUGGGGUUGGGUGAUACGGAUCUUAAGGACGAUUGUGACGAAGGAGGCGAAGGGUGCAAGGCAGUGCCACCAGCGGCGGUAUCGUGCUCAAUAUGCUCAGAGGCGGUGACAGAUAAUGUGGAUAGAUCUUGGGCCAAGCUUCAAUGUGGCCAUCAAUUUCACCUUGAUUGCAUUGGCUCAGCAUUUAAUAAUAAGGGGGUGAUGCAGUGUCCCAACUGUGAAAAAAUUGAGGAAGGGCAAUGGCUUUAUGCAAAUGGCAGUCGUCCGUUGCCUGAGUUCAGCAUGGACGAUUGGGCCUAUGAUGAGGAUCUAUAUGGUCUAAGUUACUCAGAAAUGUCCGUUGGAGUUCAUUGGUGUCCAGUCAGUGGGUUGACAAGGUUCCCUUCGUCUUUUGAUGAAGCAGAAUUUUCAUCAAAUGCAUAUCAGGAUCAUCUUGGACGGCAUGCAAUAUUUGCUGAACAUACAGCUGUAUCAUCUGCUACUUAUCCUUGCCCUUAUAUUGCCUACAUUGGACCAGUUCACCCACCAUCAACCUCCAGUGGAAGUGUAUCAGAUGGAUCUAAUUUUAGUAAUCACUGGAGUGGUCCAUCAGCUCAAAGUGAUAUUCCUGGUUCUUAUGCUUUCCCUGCCAUGAAUGUACAUCAUCAAAAUUGGGAGCACCAUUCCUCUUCUUUGGGUAAUGGCAGCCACAUUGGCGGUGCAGAUCAACCUUCUAUUCCAUCUAUGACUCAGAGAUCAUUAAGGCCCAGUUCUGAUAUUCCCAGACCAGGAUCUUUUAUGCAUCCAUUAGUUGUCGGGCAUAGUUCUGCCAGUAGAGUGCCGAGCUCCGUGACCUCUUCAAUGGUCCCUCCUUAUCCUGUUAGCAUUGCUAGGCCACAUGACCGUGUUCAGGCUCAUCAGGCAUACUUCCAGCAAGCCAGUAGUAAUCCAACAGCACGCACACCUUUAGUAUCUUCAACACGAAGAUACAACAACAGCCAUAGGGGUUCAGCUCAAGUUGCACCCAUGGCUUCAUCAUCAGAUCAGUCUGGUAACUUGUACUUGUCAUCAGCUUCACCUGGACGAACCUACCAAGGAGCAGAAAAUCUUCUUCCUAACCGUUUCCAUGCCUGGGAACGAGACCAUUUGCCUUCCUUCCCAUUAAGCCAGGCUGAAAGGGAGAUUUGGGGACCAUACAAUCCAGCACCUGGUGGAUCUGAUUCCAGAAUCAGAUCCAGCAAUUUUCAUGUGAGGCACGGAUCAGAGAGGACAGCGCCAUCUCAAAAUCGGUCAUAGAUAUCUUAUUCUAUUAUGCUGAAAACCUUGAUUGCUCUGAAACUUCAAUUAUGUAUGUUUUGAGAACGAUCUAUAAUGGUUGGCAGUGUGCCGAUCAAUCCAGACGUUUUGCGUGGCUUUGAAAUUAUUGCUUUUUUAUCAGCCAUGAGUUUGUGUGAUGGAUGCAGCUUCCUCUUGUUCCUUCGGGAUUGUAAGGUCUUGUGUUUAUAGCAAGAGGUUGUCUAAAGCAGCAUUGUGUAUUCCAUGUACGGGUAUCCCAAAUUGUUUUUCCCUGUCCAAAAGCGGCCCCCUAUCAAAUAUAUAUUGGAUGUUUAUCUUGUUAUUUUCCCAUGUUAUGAGUUGUGGAUCUUGUU